AUGACACGAACUUCAUCAAAAAAAGUAGAUAUGACAAAAAUGGAAUUGAAAAAAUUAAAAUCAAUUCUACCAACAUUAAAACAAAAACCAAUAUCAACACCGAUUGAAAUUGUUCUUGAAACAAUUCGUUAUAUUCGACAAUUAGAAGAUCAAUUAAUCGAUCGAUUUCAAUUGGAUAUAUCUCAAUCAUCAUCAUCAUUAUCUGAUAUAUCAUUGAAUUCUUCUUUAACAUUAUCAACUCCUUUACAAGAUAUUGGAAAUAGUAACUAA